AUGUUGCUGAGAGCGAAAGAGAAGUAUGAGCCAGUAAUGUCCCAUCUCCAACUUAUGAUCAAGUCUUAUAUUCAAGAGGUUGGAUUGAUGGAUAUGGAUAUUGCCACUGUUUUGAAGAAGAAGUCGACUGCUGUUCCUAAGGAAGCUUCGAAAUACUUUGAGAAAUUAAAUCCAAGAAUGAUAUACAAGGAAGGAUGGUUCGUAGUGUAUCAACUCAGAGAACGAAUAGAAGUUGACUUUCACAAGUCUUCUUUCUAUCUCAAAGACAAACAUCUAUACAACACUGCCUGUUUGGAAUUGAUAUUGGACCCGAUCAUAAGUUCUAGGGCAACCACAAGGAUGCCGUCAAGUGCCUUUCUGAUAUGA